AUGGCCUCCGGCACUGAUAUCCGUGGGGAAGGGGCGCCGCGGCCGUCCAUUGAGAAACCCCCCAUUCUCUCCCAAGAUCCCGCCUUUGAUCGAUUGCCCGACGAAAUCAUCCAGCAGAUUCUUCAGCUUACCGACCCCGACUCGUUUGCCUCACUCGUCCUUCUCAACUCGAAAUGGCGUCAAGUCUCUCAGCAAGCGCAGCUCUACGCUCUCCACCUCUCGAAAUGCGAAUCCUACUCCGCGAGCCAUCCUCCUUUGCGCGAAGCUGACGUCAAGGAUGAAGACCUUCCCCGACUAAGGCGAUUGUUUGCCAGAGAAGUCAAGCGCAAUCUCUUUGAAGCCUACCUGCGACCCCGCGAGACCGUUAUCCGCCUGAUAUCCAAUUCCAUUAGCUCCUCGUCAUGCCCGGGCGGCGAAGGGAUGCAAUUCAGUCCGUCGCCCCGCGGUCACCAUGUUCUGGCGUACAACUCUUCUCGAAUCUAUGUGCUUGAUAUGAGAGGGAAAGAAAUAGACGUCAAGAGGGAAUUCAAGAUCUUGCGCCGACCAGUUUCAACCUGCAUAAAGGACGAUGGCUCUAUGUUGGCGGUCUUGUCCUCGGAAAUGCAGGUCGAUCUUUACGAUCUUGAGCCGUCACCUCCCCGCCGCACACAGUCCCUGAUCUUAGACCAUGCCCCACGCACGAUCGCCUUGUCGCCAUGUGGUUCCGUUUUGGCUGCAGCUUAUGAAGGCGGCAUUGAGGUUUCGAUGGUCAAUCCAGGCGCAUUGCCUACGGACAGGAGAGCCGUCAAGUGCGAUGGUGUCGAUUCCCUUUCUUUCUCCUUUGACGGAACACAGAUCCUUGGAACUACUGUCCACUCAUCGCCUCCCAACACCGUCAUCCUGACCGCUCCCUACUACGACCCCGGAUCCCAAAUGGCAGAUGAUAACAUCAGCGCUCUUUGGACAACUUCAAUUCUCUUCCCCAAUACGAGUCGAGAUUGUAGUCAUGCCGUGCUUCUUCAAGAUUCAUGCCAGGAGGAGGCAGCCUGGACCUUUACUUAUGAUCGUAGCUUUGAGACUUUCAGGGCUGUACGCAUCGACGACUUGCGCAACGGAACGACAUAUUUCACUGGUCCAAAGCCUCACCCGGCGUCUCAAGCGAAACUCACGCCGUGCACGCUCCCAGCAGCUACAUAUCACGGCGACCUGGUCAGCGCCGGCUUCCAAGGCAAGGAUAUCUGGCUGUACGGUGUACCAGAAGAUCUUGACGCUGUGCCCGAGUUCUCUUCUGGGUCCGAUUCAUCAUCUUCUACGGGUCAAGGACGACGCAACAGCGGUCCUCCGUCCCGUUCAUCCUCUGCGCGAGCGCAAGAGAACCCGAGAGUGCCGCAAUGGCAGAUGCUUUGCGAUAAGCUGCGGAACACCUUUGUCUGGGGAGCCAAGAUUGCCGAGCUUGAGGGCGUGAGCACUGUGAAAUGGGUUUCUGGCUUUGGCGAAACAUCCUCCCAGGAACGUCUAGUCGUCGCGGCUCGCGGCAUCUCCCCUACCAAAUCCAUCGUGGACGAAGACGAUAUCGACUUUAUCGAUGGCGGCAGGGUCACUCUGCUUGAUUUUGACUACGGUAUUGAGGACGGCGUUAGGACGGAGAUUGAGAUCGAAGUUGGCACAAGAGAGCCUGAAGUCCUAGAGGAGGAACAGAGAGACAUCGACACCGAGGUUGCUAUUGUUCGCCGUAGGACUGUAGCACAGAGACGGGGUGAUCGCGGUCAUUUGAUUCGUGCCGCUACCAGUGCUGCGAUCCGAGGCAACCCUAUGCCCUCAAUUCCUCCUCUGCCACAGCCGAGAGAAGAACCUGAAACUGGUGAGGACGAGGACGAUGACGACGACCCGCUGGUUCCCAGGCGUGUGGGUGCCGUGCCCCGCAUCAAUGUCGAGCAGCCAGCAUCUGCUACUACCCGAGACGAAGGAGGUGAAACAGCUUCCAUGAUUGAGGAAGAAGAGGCCGUUGAAGCCCCUUACGCUCAUGAUGGGCCUCGAUCUACAAACACGCUCCGCCGCGCCGCAACUGCGGCUGCAAUGAACCGACGUCGCAACCCCGCGCCUCCCGUUGCUGGGCCGGUUGAAUAUAGACGUGCUGAUGGCCGACGUGAGCAUCCUCAUGAGAGCGAUGCUGACAACUGGGUUCCUCCGCCGCCACCAUACCAAAAGGAAGACCCAGGCGACUUGCCGUCUUUCUUGCGAAACGCUGCCAUUACACCCAACGGUGACACAGACAGCCGCGCCCACGAUCGGAUCAGCCUGGCCCUUGCCCAGUCGUCCAACUCUCGCUCAGACAUCUCCUCGUCCUCUUAG